AUGACAGCCAGUCAGGUGGACGUGAUUAUAAUCGGAGCUGGGCUCAGCGGUUUGUCUGCAGCCAAGCUGCUUGAUGGGACAGGCCUUAGUGUCCUUGUGUUGGAAGCCAGAGACAGAGUGGGAGGACGUACGUUUACAGAACAUAAUGAUACCGUGAAUUAUGUGGACCUUGGCGGUUCAUAUGUAGGACCUACACAGAACAGAAUUUUGCGAUUGGCUGAUGAGUUUGGGGUGGAGACUUACCUCACAAAUGAAGUGGAAGACUUGGUGUACUAUGUAAAUGGAAAAUCCAAGAGAUUCCAUGAUGCAUUUCCUUCCAUGGGCAGCUUUCUUGCCAACCUCGAUAUGAAUAAUAUACUAAGACUGAUGGAUAAAAUGGGUGAAGAGAUUCCAGCCGACGCCCCCUGGAUGGCACCACAUGCUGAGGAAUGGGAUAAAAUGACUAUGCAGGAAUUCUUUGACAAACAUGUCUGGACAAAGAGCGUCAAGACUUUUGCCAGAAAGUUCGUCAAUGUGAAUGUUACCUCUGAACCCCAUGAAUGUUCACUUCUCUGGCUACUUUGGUAUGUGAAACAGUGUGGAGGACUGGAUCGAAUAUUUUCCACAACGAAUGGAGGCCAGGAAAGAAAAUUUGUGGGUGGAUCACAACAGAUCAGCAAAUGUAUGGCAGAAAAGCUAGGCAAAGAUAAAGUUUUACUAAACCAACCUGUGUGUAAAAUAUAUCAGGACACUAAUGGAGUGAAGGUUACUGAUAUCCAUGGAAACGAUUAUCAGGGGAGGUAUGUGAUAAUAGCCACGCCUCUUCCUCUUCAAAACAAGAUCACGUAUGAACCGUCACUACCCUGUCUCCGUAACCAGCUCAUACAGAGAAUCCCGAUGGGCUCUGUUAUUAAAACAUUUCUCUACUUCAAAACUCCCUUCUGGAGGUCGAAAGGGUAUUGUGGGUCGGCAGCCAUAGUUGACGAUGGAGCCAUCGUAGGAUUCUCUAUGGAUGAUGUAAAACCUGAUGGAAAGGAUCUACCGGCACUUAUGGGUUUUAUUCUAGCUGACAAAGCCAGAACACUGUGUAAGCUGACAAAAGAAGAACGAAAACAAAGAAUUAGUGAACUAUAUUCAAAAGUCUUCCAAUCACAAGAGGCCUUACAUCCUGUACAUUAUGAGGAGAAAAAUUGGAUGGAGGAACAGUGGUCUGGAGGAUGUUACACUGUCAUGAUGCCACCGGGUUUCCUCACAACGUUUGGAAGAGAACUACGGAAGCCAGUGGGUAGAUUGCACUUUGCUGGAACAGAAACUUCCACUCAGUGGUCUGGUUAUAUGGAAGGAGCUGUACAAGCAGGAGAGAGAGCAGCCAGAGAGAUACUUUUUGUUGAGAAACGGAUACCUGAGUCUGAGAUUUGGAAAGACGAACCAGAAAACCAGCACGUGCAAGCCAAACCCUUCCACGCGACCUUCUGGGAGAGAAACGCCCCUUCAGUACCAGCUUUCCUGUAUGGUGUUGGCCUGACCUCUCUACUUACAGCGGUGGCUGGAGUGGCUGCAUUCUUUCAUCUGAAGAAAAAAUGAUCAUUACUCCCUUGAAACUUUAUAUGAGAUUCUUCAUGGAAAUGUAUUUUUAUAUCAUUGGAUUAUAAGGUCAACUUAAAUAGAGCUUCAUCUAUAUUCAGGCUAAUUAAAAUAUUUUUAAUAUAAGUAGAUAAAAUAAUGAAAAACACUUUUAUGAAAC